AUGUCAGCUGCGAAUGGUUCAUUUUCCAACCCAUACAAACCCAAUCAACCACGUACCAAGUUGACCACCAACGCCCCAGCAACGAACCUUGACGACGAGGACGACGAUUACGAGUGGUGGGAUGACGACGAUGAGUCAAUACUGUCAGGCGAGGUAGCAAAGUCUGCUAACAAGUCGCGAAUGUUAAGGCCAAACGAUCUUAAUGCAAAUUCAAAACCCUUGACUCGCCGCACGACCAAGAAGCUUGAAAAACGGUAUUCGGUUGUUCAGAAACCAGCCCGGAACAAGUCGAGAUGGAUGAAGAAAAAGCUACAGGCUCAGGCUGGAAUACAAUUAGUUACCGAUUUUUCCACGCGACACAGAGCAACAACAACCCAGCCACAGCACCAGAGGAAGGAGUCAAACGUUGGCAAAUUCAUCGAUUUAGCUGCGCUUGAGGCGGCCAACAAUGAGAAGACACCCCGAGAAGCGGGUGGCGGGUUUUGGAGGUCGAAGAAGAAUAAGGGGGAAACGACUGCUCAUGUUGAGCCGCUGCCCGAGAGAAACCGAUCGACGAAUCUUAUGCCAGCUCCUCAUGAUCCAACUUUAGAUCUAUCACCAAUGGAUCGUCCAAUCUACAUUGGGUUUACUAUUCCUACCUCCGACAUGCCCGUAUAUACUACGAGUCCUCAAACCGCCUCGUCAGAGACCGCCAACAUCGUUCAAAGCUACGAGCAACGAACACCUACGUUGCACGUUCCAGAAACUCCAACUAUUAUCAUCACGCCCGCAAUAGAAAACUCUACAUGGUCUCCCAUCGACGAAGGCGACCGAUAUAAUGGUAACACACGUACGGCUACGUCAAGUUUCUAUUCGCAAGCCAGCGUCGAGCAAUACCAGGCACACGCCCCACCUGUGCCCAGGUUGCCCGCCGGGUUCGUUCAAGACGAGCAAAAACGAUUGGCCGCUCAAAAGAGCUGCUUCUCACCGGAUUCGGAUGAUGGUACUGUAUGGGAAGACGUGAGUGCGCACACUUCCCGCGUAGUUUCUUCCUGUACCGUAUUUGAAGAGGAUAUUAGCCCUGUAAUGGCCAGAAAAGGUCGUGCAAUAUCUGUAGCUGAUGGUUUCCGAUCGGGACGGCAUGCAAGUAUUAGUACUGUUGCCACACGACGACAGUCAAAGGGCUGGUGGAAUUACAUCACGACCCCUUUCUUGACUCGUUCAAACACCAUCAUAGCUCCUGAAGCUACCCCCCAACAACCUCCUGCGCUGCCCAGUCUAGCAGUUGCUGCAGCUGCUGCGUAUGGAACUACCAGAGAUCAAAAGAGUUGGGAGAAACAAUUCUCGCCGGUUACACCGGAGACAUCCACUACUAUCCAGUCGGAUGCUUGGUGGAAUACUGAGCCUCUGGAUGGGAAAUCCCCGGUCGGAGUCACCAUUGAUCCAAGGACAGGUCAUAAGUCACAACCAUCCACUGCUAGUGUGCCAUUCAUACUAGCUGAUGGAGUCUUCCCUCAACCGCCAAAUCAAGAUGCUUAUCGAACAAUGAGCAGUCCACAAUCAGCGUCUCCCAUCAGCCCUUUUCCUUCCAGCCACUCCUCAAACUCAAAUAUCUAUCAGAUCCGAGGCACGCAGGGGAACGAUAUCCAGCAAAUCCCGCGCAAUACCAUAGAUAAUGACCCUAGGUCAAAGAAUAGAGCACUCUCUGGGCCCGUAUUCUACGGCCAAGAACAACAUCAGAGUAUAGCGGAGCACCAAGCAAGAGUCUACGCAGACUUUGUUCGUGAUCAAGAAUCAUUACCGGGUUCUCCUCACCAGUCUGGAGGAAUGCAUAGUAACAAUCCUUUCACGCAGACACAGAGACAAAUAUCGACGUACGAACCAACACAGAUUAGCCUGGCGGCAGCACAAAGCAAUAACCCAUAUACACAGCCACGGAGAGUCGAUCCAAUUCCAUCAUUUAGCGAUACCUCAUCAAUCAGGAGACAAGCCACGCAGCCUUCCCCAGUGGUAGUAUUGCAGCCGCCGCCAACUGUAAUUGUAAAUGUUCAAUCAGGUCAACCUCGGUCGCCUAUAGCAACUCCUCCUCCAGCGUAUUCACCACCUCCUGGGCAUGUCCCUCGAUAUAGAGCAUUCUUUCCACCCGGACAUACCCUUCACAGCAGCAAUCAAGAACCAAUGUCUCCGGGCCCCAUAACCCCUGGAAUGCGAAAUGCCAUGGGAGGUUCAGGUGCAAUGCAAAUGUCUGAGGUUCCACGGACAUCACCUGGUCGUGGACUUCCAGCGUCACCCGCCCCUAUACGUGGUCUUCCAUCCUCGCCGGCACCUAGUCGUGGCCCAAUUAAUCUAAAUUCUUCCUAUCCUGCGGAUCUACCACCAAGAGAUAAUGCGGCAGGAACUUUUGUUACCGCGGACAGCUUCAGGAGCCAAUCCAGUAAAGCGCGUAGAGCCGAGGCAAAACGGAGAAGAAAUGAGAAAGAAGAUGCUGUGGCCUGUAAAGCCGGCGGUCUUUGGCGUGGCCGCGGCUGCAUUCCCAAGAAUGGAUGUUAUGGUCGGAAAGGGCCCGAAGGCCGUAAGAGAAGGAGGUGGUAUUUGGCGCUCAUCGUCUUAUUCCUGAUAAUAAUAGGUCUUGCUAUUGGAUUAGCAAUAGGACUCCAUCAACGUCCUAGCCCAGACAUUGAACCAUCUCAAUGGGUGAACAUAACCGGCUUUCCGCCAAUAUUUGCUGGCAUGUCGACCAUAAUUGCGCCAAUAAACACAGCAGCAGUCACCGGAUGCGUUAUUCCUGCUACUCUUUGGAGCUGUAGCCUUCCAAAAGAGGUCCAGCCAUCAGUGGCACCAAAUUCGGGCAAUCAACCAAACUUCUUGCUAAACAUAGAGUGGGACAACAGCACAGAAGCAAACGCUACAUUCGCCAAUGUGACAGGGAACCCCAACUUAGCCAUUCGAUCUUUUGCAGGAAAUGCUGUGUCUGCAGGACAGUUAGUACGGCACUUAUUUCACAAAGCAAAGAGGGCUACCACGAUCGUAUCCUCACCACCGCCACCUUUACUCCGUGAACAGUCCUUUCUGGGUAAUACAACGGACGGUGUAAUUUCUGCUAACAAAGCCGGAGAGCCAACUCCAUUCUAUAUCUCCUUACUCCCAGCCGUUAAACCUGCAAAUGUCAAAAGACGAGCUGUCGAGGCGCGGCAAGCAUCGGACAACACAUCCAGUCCAUUACCCGACCUUGGUCUUAUUAUUCCACCACCAAGCUUAAACGCGGAUGGGUCCGCGGCUCCCGCUGUUCUCCUGCCACUCCCUACUCAACAGCCUCUCCGUCUCUAUGACCGUGGUCUACCUACUGAGCACUAUGGUUUCUAUACGUUUCACGACCGCUCAAUAUUUCUCAAAUCCGCCGAGGUAUUGAACAGCACCGAUAUUUCGGACAGUGAAGUUCCAGCUGAUCUCAACGGAGGGGCUGAAGUUGAUCAAGCUGCGUUUCGUUGCACAUGGACCGACACAAGAUUUCUUGUUCAGAUCUGGACUCGCAUGAACACCACCGCUCGCCUGCUCAACUCCACUCAUCCAACAGCAGGUCGGAACGCCUCAACUGAUUUUCUACAACCUGGUUCAUUUCCGUAUCCAGUCACCAUCACAAGCGAUCGUCACGGUGGCGACCAAAGGAAAAAGAUGAUAUACUGCUAUCGACUGGAUAACCGUGGGGGUCUCAUCGCCGAUAGCUCAAAAAUAAUGCAGGAAGAAAGAGCAUUUGGCGGCGUAGUCUUCAAUCCUGCAGCGACACUUUUCGGGAACGGCACAGACGACGGCUCAGGAGGUAUAGACGGUGGUAGUGCAGGCUGUAAAUGUAAAUGGGACAAUUUUGAAGGGAUCUUUGGAAAUAGCCGCCGGAGUAGUGGUGUGGGAUUAGUGGAUUAA